CAUGUGCCAUUCCCAGUGGAAAUCCACCCCGGACACAGCAGCAAGGGACUGAUCAGGUGUGUGUGUGUGUGUGUGUGUGCGCGCGCGCUUGCGUGCGUGCGUGCUUGCGUGCGUGCGUGCGUGUGUGUGUGUGUGGGUGGGUGGGGGAUAAAUCAAAGCGGAGGAGAAAGAGGUAGUUAUGUUUUUUCUGGACUGGACGCGAUGAAGUGGCUCGGCGGGAGUUUGAGGGUUUAAGAGCGGAGAAGGAGGAGAGCUAUAGGCGCAGGGAGGGACGAGGACAGGGGGGAACCACCGCCGCCAGAGCGCAAAGCGCAGUCCCCAACGCCUUGACGCACUGAUGGAGAGCCCGAGAGCGCACCGGAUAGCUCGACUCGAUCCCCGGAACCGGAGCGGAAAGAUCCUCGGGAGGACAGACAUGAAGUGUCACCGACACCCGGGACACCUCCACCUGCAGCCGACUGUGAUUUUCCUCGUGGCGCUGACAAUACAACCGCAGGCUGUUUGUGCCUCGGGGAUGUUCGAGCUCCAGAUCCGGCACUUCCAGAACCCACACGGACUGCUGCAGACUGGAGACUGCUGCGACCUCCAGACCAGCGGGGGACAGCGCUGCUCCGCCAGGGACCAAUGUGACACCUUUUUCCAAGCCUGCGUCAAGGAGUACCAGGCCCGGGUCAUCCCGACGGGAGCCUGCACCUUUGGGUCAGGCAGCACAGGGAUCCUGGGAGGAAACUCCCAGUCGCUCCGCCACCGAGGACACAAUGGAGGAGGAGAGGAUGGGACUAAUGGACACAUUGUCAUUCCCUUCAAAUACGCCUGGCCAAAGUCUUUCUCCCUCGUGUUGGAGGCUCUGGACCAUGACAACGACACAUCAGAAUCAGGUCAGUUAAUUGAGCGCGUCCUCCUCUCCUCCAUGUUGAACCCCGGUGAGCAGUGGCAGACAUAUCGUCACCAUGGAACGACUCUCAGCCUGGAGUACCGCCUCCGCUUUCGCUGUGACACCAAUUACUACGGACCUUUCUGCAACAAACUCUGCCGGGCCCGCGAUGACUUCUUUGGUCACUUCGGCUGUGACCCCAGCGGCUCCAAGGUCUGCAUGGACGGCUGGACAGGGCCAGAGUGCAAAGAAGCGGUGUGCAGGCAGGGCUGCCAUCAGGCCCACGGCUCCUGUACUGUACCAGGAGAAUGCACGUGUCAUUAUGGCUGGAUAGGUCCCCUGUGUGACCAGUGUGAGACGUUCCCCGGCUGUGUGUAUGGGAGCUGCACCGAACCCUGGCAGUGUGUGUGCGACGUCAACUGGGGAGGACUGCUGUGUGACAAAGAUCUGAACUUCUGUGGAACCCACCUGCCCUGUAAGAACGGUGGGACCUGCACCAACACUGAGCCGAACGAGUACCAGUGUGAGUGCCAGGAAGGUUUCAGAGGACGUAACUGUGACAUCGUCGAACAUGCGUGUUUGUCGUCCCCAUGUAUGAACGGAGCCACCUGUGUGGAAGACCCAACAGGCUUCAGCUGCAUCUGUACCGAAAGCUGGACGGGAAACACCUGCACAGAUGUGGUGAGGCAGUGUGAUCGGAGCCCUUGCGGACGUGGAGCGACGUGCGAGGAGGCUCCUGGAGGUUACCGAUGCCUCUGCCCACCUGGAUGGACCGGCAGGACGUGCCAGCUGGACACCGAUGAGUGUGAAAUGAGUAUAUGUGUUCACGCCCGCUCUUGUCGCAACCUGAUCGGUGGAUACCUGUGUGACUGCCUUCCUGGGUGGACGGGUCCUAACUGUGACAUCAGGAACAGCAGCUGUCAGGGUUUGUGUUUGAACGGUGGACGAUGUGAGAUGUCAGGGUCCAGAUGCUGGUGUCCACCUGGUUUUUUGGGAAAAUAUUGCCAAUCCGUUCCGAGUCCCUGUCUCAGUGCCCCCUGUCUGCAUGGAGGACAGUGUGUGGAGAAGGAUGGAAGGACGGUCACCUGCAACUGUCCCAUGGGAUAUUCAGGAAUCUUCUGUGAGAUUGUGUUGGAUCUGUGCAAUCCCAACCCCUGCCAGCAGGGGGAACCGUGUCACAGCACAGAAGGCAGGUACAUGUGUGCCUGUCCUGAGGGUUACUAUGGUAACGAGUGCACAGGCCUAAAAAGCCCUUGCAUUGGUCAACACUGUCCAGGUGCCAUGUCUGACACGCCACACGGGGGUAUCAGCUUUUACAUGAUCCUGGUGGGCGUCUUAGCGUUGGUGACUGUCUGUGGCUGCACUGCCUGCGCCUUCAUCCUUUCCCACCUACAUCGAAAGCGGAAAAAGCAGGAGGCCGUCCCACAGGAAGAAGGCAUCAACAACCAGAGGGAGUUUGUCAACCUCAUCAGAAACGUGGACCGUCCCGUGCCCCUGCUGCCGCCUGCCGCCCCUCUCACGCAACCUCCAGCCCCUGCCCCCGUCUCACGCUGCUAUGAGGAGAUUGAACUGACCCUGCCGCCCUCCCCAGCCCCCUCACACCCCUCACCGGCACUAAAACCUGCCCACGCUCCCAAACUGGACAUUUCAAACCAGGACCGGGAGAAGUUGAACCGCUUCCACUACACAGAGAACCAGGAACUUCAGGUCUGACCCUUGAACUUUAAGGCAUCUGCGGAGCUUUUUAAAAUUUUCUUUUGCGUCCUCUGCUUUCUUUCACCCACAGAGCACUGUCUACAGAUACUGCCACUAUAUCACAGUUGCAGUUAUGAAAAUGGGGAGACCCUAUGACCUUUGAAGGCUCAGGUGGCUAACGUCAGACGCCUGAGAGGCAAAGGCUGUCAAGUGGAUGGGUCAAAAGUCUUACUGUGUCGUUGGGUCUAUUUUGAAGACUGUGAGAAGCAGCAAGUGCAUGAUGUUUGACUGAAAGACUCUUCAGACUCUUGAAUUAAUGUGGAGACAUAAAGACAUACCUUGGAGUGCCUGAUGUACUGUCAAGAGGAAAUAGGGGAUCAUCCUCUCAACGUGUUUCCUGGUCCAUGAUGCCAUCUCACUGGUGUUCAGACCUCCAUUUCUGUCUCAGACUGAACUCUGACGGACACAGAGCAAUGGACGGAUGUUUAUUUAACACAGUGUGUGUGUGUGUGUGUGUGUGUGUGUGUGUGUGUGUGUGUGUGUGUGUGUGUGUGUGUGUGUGUGUGUGUGUGUGUGUGUGUGUGUGUGUGUGUGUGUGUGUGUGUGUGUGUGUGU